AUGGGUCGACACGAUCCCAAAGGCGGAUUCGUUUCGGGGGGCGGUGGCCCAAGCCGACCUGGAGGAGGGAAACCUCCCCAGGCUUGGACGGGGCAAACUCCCCAGGCCCCAAGCCUUUUGCCCUCCGCCCUCCCCCACGACCCCAGAGCGACGCAGCAGAGCCGUCUCGACGCAAUCACCGGCCAGAACGCGCAUCACGGUUUCAACAACGAACUCGACAUCAUGCAGCAAUACCUCGCCGACCUGAACCUCAGCGACGAGACUCCUGUCGACACAACCAAUCCCCAACUCACCUCGUACGACGCAUUGGACAAAGACUUCAUCGAGACGCAUGAUGGAGAGAAGCCCGAGAUGAUCAUCCCGGAGUCGCUCAAAGGUUUCGACAGCAAAGAGACCACGGCCGGCACCAAUGAGGAGGAGCGCGAGCAAGAGGAGAUCAACCGACUCGCGAAGCACCGAUGGGACCGCGAACCCUACGUGCAACAGAGAACCAUUGCACUCCGCAAUGCGCUCGCCAACCCUCCGGAAUCUCUCAAUGCACCCGCCGCGACGCAGCAUAGCUAUCCGAUUAUUGAGCGCAUUUUCAACGCUCCGAUCCUCGAGCCGCCCCAAAUCGAGGGAUUCGUGGUAGACCUGCGCGCGCUUCUCUUGGAAUACGGAAAGAGGAACGGUGGCACCCUAACACUGAACCUGCAGCGAGUUACAUUCUUCAAUGCAUCCGCGAGUCCCCGAGCCAAGGCUAUGCUCUCACUGAAGGACCGCGACUCACUCCGCAAGAUCUACAACAAUGGAACCGGAGGCAAUAAUCUCAUGACUUUCUUCGCAGAGGAUGGCCCCUUGACAUUCCAUCUGGUCAAGAUUCCCGACCAUGCGACCAAGACGCUGCAGUGGUGGGUCUGGUACGACAUACAGCAGCCUCUGGUAAACAUUGAUGGCAACGCACCCGACGAGCUGCGCGAUAACCCUCCGGCCCGUGUCGUCAUGGCUAUGCCCGCGGAAAUGACCACGCCCGGCAAGUGGCAGAAGGUCCGAAUUGCUAAGAAGACAGAGGUCCUUCGAGAGCUUGGAGCGCGAGGCGAAGAGAGCGACAACCCCUCGCAAGGAACCCGGGGAUGGGACAGCACUGCUGUCUGGACGAAGGGUGGUCUCCCACCUAUGCAGUUCUCCCCGGAGCCCGCAUGCAUCAGCCGUUUCAUCGAGGAAGGAGGAGACGACAAGUUCCUUGGUAUCCCCUACAUGGAGGCAUUCCCUAGCGAAGGCAAAAACGGUCUCACUGCGCCCGACAUGCCGUUUGCACACCAACGUUGGUGGAGUACUGUGCGCGAUGAGGUCAGCACACAGUCCAAGCGAUGGAAGGACAUGGUCGCACUCAUGAGAACGCACUCCCUCGGUAUCAAGGUCAUGGCAAAUGAGGCAGAUUACGCCGACUGGAAAGCGCAGGAGAGAGCAUGGAAGCCGCCCCAGAGUCUCCAAGACGCCCCCAACCUACGAGCGGGACCAUCGUCGGCAAAGGGAAAGCGAUCCGCGCAAGGCUCGAUGCUUCAGCGGAAGACGAACAUCAUGCGGCCUGGAACGAAAAAACUUUCUCAGUUGCGCAACGAGGUUCUGGCUGGUAACGUCGAGCCCGCUUCUAGCACCGGCCUUCCGCGUGGUACUCGUGAUUCUGCUUUGAGUCGUCCUCUUACCUAUGAUUCUCCCUCCAGCCGUGGUUCUUCCGCUGGCCGUGGUUCUCCCGCCGGCCGUGGUCUUUCCUCCAGCCCUGCAAUUUCCUCCAGCCCAGGUUCUCCCGCUGGCCGUGGAGCUUCUAUGACGAGUGAGCAACAAGCUGCCAACGAGGGAGACGGACAGAAGGAGUCUAGCAAGAGAUCCCUCGCAGACAGCCCCUCUGUCACCUUUCCAGCCAGAAAAAAGAAGAGCGAAAAGGAUAUGCAAGAGUAA